GAAUAGGAAGUGUUCAUUUAUAGUAAGAGCUUAACAUGGUUAGCUAGGUGAGGUUGUGUUGAUUUAAAUCUAAACGUCAGACCUGGUAGUAUCUUUAACUCUAUCGCUUUAUAUUCUACGUAUAUAUUGGUAACUUGCUUUUAUAUUAGGAACCUUUAUGUUAGGUUGAUAAUUCGCCAUUUUUUUGUCUGAACGCGGUUGUGUAGAACUAGCCUGUUAGCUCUGCGUCGUUUCUGUGGAACUACUCUGCUCGCUAGUUUCUUGCGUUGCGAUUUCUUAGCUUGUUUGGCAGCUGGGCAACCUAAAAUUAACCGGGUUUAUAUGCAGUGAGCCGGGCUUCGUCCGGUCAGGGUUGUGUGUGUGAGAGUUUAUUUUGUGCUACUUUUCUUAGUGUGACCGAAUGUUUGGUAAUAUAAAUAGCGGCGGCUGCAUCCAGCAGAUGGUUAGCUCUUAGCUUGUUAACAACAAUGGGUUGUAAGGGACGUUCGAAGACGGCUAAAAGGCUUUAUUUUGUGGCUAUUCUCCUUUGUGUCUUCGCUAAUGGACUGACAGCAGAUGAAGAUCAACACAGAGACGAUGGAUCUGAGUUAAAGUCGUAUCAUGAUCCAGACUCUGAGGAGGAAGACGUCCAUAUUGUAUCAAGAAUUUUGGCAGCCUCCUCGGUGACUCCUCAUCUUGACGGCUCCCAGACAGAAGAGGAGAAACUGUCCCUCCGAGAGACGGAGGAAAAGGAAGAACUGCCUGAACAGCCUCCUCCUCCUCCUGAGGAGAAACCUAAAGAAGUUCCUCUGGUGAAUGGGGGUACAGCCCAUGGGGAGCCCUGCGUCUUCCCGUUCUUCUUUCAUGGGAAGGAGUACUCUGACUGCACCACUGACGGCCGGGGGGAUGGACGGCUAUGGUGCGCCACAACCUACGACUAUGACAGCGAUAAGAAAUGGGGAUUCUGUGAGACGGAGGAGCAGGCGCAGCAGAGACUGCUGGCUGAAGAGGCAGAGGAGCAGUAUCAGACAGUCCUGCGCAUGCUUAAUGGCUCCACCAGGAAGGCUCAGAAAAAGGAGUUGUACGAAAAGCUGGUGAAGGUAGCGGAGAAAGGUCACCAGAAGGCCUCGGAGAAGGUGGCGUACGCCAUGCUGUUUGGAGACUACAUGAACCAAAAUGUCACCAAAGCCAGGGAGAUGUUUGAGAAGCUUGCUAUGGAGGGUUCACCUAAAGCUCAGAUGGCCCUUGGUUUUCUGUAUGCAGCAGGACUGGGAGUCAACUCCAGUCAGGCCAAGGCUUUAGUUUACUACACCUUUGGUGCAUUGGGUGGAAACUUAAUCGCUCAUAUGAUUCUGGGGUACAGAUACUGGGCAGGUGUGGGUGUUCCCCAGAGCUGUGAGUCGGCACUAACACAUUAUAGGCUGGUGGCAAAUCAUGUGGCCAGUGAUGUGUCACUGACAGGAGGCUCAGCAGUGCAGAGAAUCAGACUACUGGAUGAGGUGGAGACCCCAGGCUCCACCAGUGGGAUGCUGGAGGAGGACCUCAUCCAGUAUUACCAGUUUUUGGCAGAAAAGGGAGACGUUCAAGCACAGGUUGGGUUAGGCCAGCUUCAUCUACAUGGCGGACGUGGAGUAGAGCAGAAUCACCAGAGGGCGUAUGAUUACUUCACACAGGCUGCAAAUGCUGGGAACACACAUGCUAUGGCUUUCCUUGGCAAGAUGUACUCAGAAGGCAGUGAGUUUCUUCCUCAGGACAAUGAGACAGCCCUGCAGUACUUCAAAAAGGCCUCUGAUAUGGGUAAUCCAGUGGGUCAGAGUGGACUUGGCAUGGCUUACUUAUAUGGAAGGGGUGUCCCUGUGAACUAUGAGUUGGCACUAAAAUACUUCCAGAAGGCAGCAGAGCAGGGUUGGGUGGAUGGACAACUCCAGCUGGGAACCAUGUAUUACAAUGGCAUUGGUGUAAAGCGUGAUUACAAACAAGCGCUCAAAUUCUUCAACCUGGCCUCGCAGGCCGGGCACAUCCUGGCUUUCUACAACCUGGCCCAGAUGCACGCUACUGGUACCGGUGUGAUGCGCUCCUGCCACACUGCAGUGGAGCUCUUUAAGAAUGUGUGUGAGCGCGGACGGUGGUCAGAACGUCUAAUGACUGCCUACGGCAGCUUCAAAGAGGGUGAGACCGAUGCUGCUCUGAUUCAGUACCUGCUGCUGGCAGAGCAGGGCUACGAAGUCGCGCAGAGUAACGUAGCCUUCAUUCUGGACCAGAAAGGGGCAAAAGUCAUCAGUGACAAUGAAACCUAUCCUCGUGCUUUACUUCACUGGACAAGAGCUGCAGCACAGGGUUACACUGUGGCUCGGAUUAAACUGGGAGACUAUCACUUCUAUGGAUAUGGAACUGAUGUGGAUUAUGAGACGGCUGUCAUUCACUACAGACUUGCAUCAGAGCAGCAGAACGGCGCCCAGGCCAUGUUUAAUCUGGGUUACAUGCAUGAGAAAGGUCUGGGUAUCAAACAAGACAUCCAUUUAGCCAAGCGCUUCUACGACAUGGCUGCUGAGGCCAGUCCUGAUGCUCAGGUCCCAGUGUUCCUGGCCCUUUGCAAGCUGGGCUUGGUUUACACCCUACAGUACCUGCAAGACCUUAAUCUGAAGGAGUUAAUUGCUCAGGUGGACCUGGACCAGCUUCUGGGCCCAGAGUGGGACCUCUACCUCAUGACGGUCAUCGCCCUGUUGCUGGGCACAGUCAUAGCCUACAGACAGCGCCAACACCAAAUCAUAGUGCCACCCCGCCCCCCUGCUCCGACUCCUGCACCUCCUCCAAGACCUGCUCAGGAGGAGACACAAGGUCAGGCAGAGCCUCAGGAUCAGGAAGAGACACCAGCCCCAGGCGAAGCUCAGGAGGAAGAGGAGCAGCAGUGAGGAGAGGUCAGGGAAAGACUGAGGGCUGAACUCAUUUAAAGCCUGCUGCUUUGAGCAUGUCUCCCACUGCCUGCUCUCCUCCACAUUAUUAGACUCUCGUUGGCUGCUGAAACUGUUCAGUCUCACAGCUGUUUUCCAUUUGAGAGGUGAUGAAAUUAACGCAGGACCUAGGACUGUUUGUUUUUGUUUUUUGGGGUUUUUUCUGUGACUCGGGACUCUGCCAGAGGACCCCAUGUCAUCACCAUGGAAAUGUGUUGCAGUUUCCUGAUUAAAACAAUUUUAAAGUCAUCUGAUUAGAAAGAUUCUGAUUUCUGCAUUAGUUUCUCCUAAUACUGUUUUAUAAAAUGUUUUUUGGGUCAGGACUUGAUCUGCUUCAGUUCUAAAUAGCAGAUUUAGAAAGAUAUGGUUGGGCUUGAAAAUGUGAAUAAAGCUCAUUUAAUUUUGUAGAAGCGAUUUUAGUUGCUAAAGAUGGAUACGAUUCUGCUUUUUAUUGUUUGCAGACUUUUUGAGGCACUUUCAACAAUUUUAAGUUAAUUUUAGCUGACGUUUCAGCAGUAUUUUCGCUGGAAUCCAUAAAGUUUUAGUUACUAUGCUAUAACAUACAAAAGCAAUGUGCUUUUUAUUUGCAAAAUAGGAAGGACAUUUUACUCUAAACAGCAGAAGUACUGGAGUGGAAAUUAUUUUUUGGUUUUUAACAAAACAGAAACUAAGAGGAGCAUCUGAAUCUGGUUAUAACAACCGAGCAACAAAGAAAUUGUCCUAAAAAUAUUGUGGGAGAACACUUUGUUCUUUAAAAAUGAUGCAAUAACAACACGGGUUCAUUUUCAUAUUAAAGGGCAUAAAACCUGGCCUACAGCAUACAGUUUAGUGUCUUUAUUUUGUUGAGAGUUGAUAUUUGAUAUCCUGCAUGUCUCGUCAGACUGUAACUGGAGAAAAUCUAAAAAAAACAAGUGGAUUCAUUUUUCUUCUUCCUCUGUAUUAUUAUUUUUUUUGGAAAGGUUCCACAGCUUCAUCUGCUCCGACAGCUUCCACCCUGAGCCCAAACUUCAGACCUCUGUAAAUCUCACUAAAGCAAUGCUACAAAUAAGCCAUGGUUAGGUCAGACACGUUUAUCCAAGCAAGGUUUGAACCAGUUCCUCUUACUUUUAAAACCUGUGUUCUGCUCCUGUUUGUGAAAGCUGAGAACUUAACUGCUGUACAUCUUCAUGACAGUGGGGUUUGCAGAAAAUUCACCAGAAGGCUAUCCCCAGUCAAGGGUUGGACAUUUGUAUUUUUACCAUCACGAGAAAGCUUUCUACAUAAAUUAAUAAAUGAUUAUGGAUAUUUAA